CUCGCAGUUCUUUCGUAGUCCCUUGUCCAAACGAGCUCAUUCAAAGCAUUCUCAUCGGGAAAGUACCCAAGUAAGAAUUUACUGGACUAAAACGUCCAAUCUGAAGGCUAAGUGGAAGUCGUCUGGCAUUAUGUAAGAGCUUCCCAGGCUUGCAAAACUUUUUUUUUUUUUUUUUUUUAAUUAUUUUUAGUUUAGGUCGCUAGCCAAGACACUUAGCCACAUUUCGAUUUGUUUGGCUUAACGCCACAUCUGAUUUGUACAUUUAAUUGUAUAAGACGCGUUUCGACUUGUCUUAAAGAUGCUACAAAAUAUUACUGAGUGAAGGCUAAUUGUGGCGUUUUCGUACGCUUGUAAUCAAACUAGAAUAUAGGGCACUGCGAGACUUUCAUAGCGUUGCUCCACAACAACGACCGUUUUUUUUAAAUCAUGUCUCCAUUCCAUUCUCACAACCACACACAAACCGGCGUGCGCGCAUGCGCACAAUAUGUCAGGCAUAGGUUUGGCAUGUAUAUUUCACUUUACUUGACACCAAGAGCGUUGGUUUGGUCUCAAUUUUGGUAGGGAUGAUAGAGCAGCAUAACCAGCAUGUACACUUUUUGCUGGGGAUGGGACAUUAAUAAGAGCAAACAGAUUGGGUGAACGGGGGUCAGGGGUGCAUUUCUCACAAAUAUGCUUAUAUACUUACACUCUGCAAAAUUAUAACUUCUUAAUCUGCUAACAUCACUAAAAUGGUUCAAAACUGCUGCGCUAUGUGGUGUACAAAUAGCUAUUUAUCGAAAUAUAGUAUCCAUGAGUUCCCGAGCGCAAAAAAAAAAGAUGGACUACGCAGACAAUGGGUAAAGUUCGUCCGUGCAAAGAGGGCUAAUUUUCCAGACCCAGCCUCCGGCACGGUUUUGUGUGGUGCGCAUUUUCAACCUGAAAGCUUCUCGAACUAUGGACAAGUGAAAUUGGGUUUUGCCAAAAGAUUGCUGCUCAAAGCAGAUGCGGUGCCCACCAUACACGCGCAGCCACCUAAAUGUCCCAAGGCACGAAGAAAGAAGAAGAAGACUCCCACUGAUGAGACCACCUCACCAUCCCAGGCAACGCAAACGAGGGUAGUUGCUAAGCUGGAAUUGGCCAGAUGUCCUACAGACGUCACUACAGAAGAUCUUCACCCAAAGAAACACGAUCCCCUCCACUUUAAACAGGAGUGGGAGAUGCCGUACAUCAAACAGGAAUCGGAGCCAGUCAUUCCCUACAUUAAAGAAGAGGAACAGGAAGAGGAACUCCCCAAGUGUACAGUGACCUUCCAUGUGAAGAGUGAAGAAAAUGAAGGUCCAAGUGAAGAGGGCGAAGCAGCGAAACCUUCGAUCGACAGCUCAUUUCUGCACCCGACAACAAAAGAAGAGGAACGAUCUCAACCGGACAGCCUCUUAGCUCCGCUCUCGGACAGCGACGACGUAACGUCACACUCCUCUGACUUUAACACUGAUGAUGAUGAGGACCAAAAUGCUUGGAAAUCCUUAAACAAGUCAUCAUUGAAAAGAAGUGCAAAAGAAUGUACGGGCGGGAAACCGUUUGCCUGCACACUUUACGACAAAGGAUUUUCUCGAAAGACUGAUUUAGAAAUGCAUAAGCGUACACACACUGGAGAAAAGCCUUUUGUCUGCACAUGUUGUGGUAAAAGAUUCGGCCAGAAGGGAAAUUUAAUCCAACAUACAGGCACACACAGUGGAGAGAAGCCUUACGCCUGCACUUUUUGCAACAAAGGAUUUUCUCGGAAGACUCAUUUAGAAUUGCAUAAGCGUACACACACAGGUGAAAAGCCUUUUGUCUGCACAUCUUGUGGUAAAAGAUUCAACGACAAAGCAAAUUUAAACAGACAUGCAAAAACACAUUCUGGAGAGAAGCCUUUCGCCUGCACUUUUUGCAACAAAAGAUUUUCUAUGAAGACUAAUAGAGAAAAGCAUAUGCGUACUCACACUGGAGAAAAGCCUUUUGUCUGCACAUCUUGUGGUAAAAGAUUCAACGACAAGGGAAAUUUAAACAGACAUGCAAAAAAACAUUCUGGAGAGAAGAAGCCUUUCGGCUGCACUUUUUGCAACAAAGGAUUUUCUCGGAAGAGUCGGUUAGAAAUGCACAAGCGUACACACACUGGUGAAAAGCCUUUUGUCUGCACAUGGUGUGGUAAAACAUUCAGUGACAAGGGAAAUUUGAACCAACACACAAGAACACACAGUGGAGAGAAGCUUUUCACCUGCUCAGUUUGUCGAAAAAGAUUCCGUCAGAAAGGAGCUUUAAGCAGACAUGCAAGAACACACAUUGGAGAGAAAUCUUUUUAAUGCUCUCUUUUCGGUAAAAGAGUCACUCGGAAGGGACAUUUAGUAAAAACCUUCGAAUUGCAAUGUGUAGCAAGAUACGGUAUGCAAAUUCCUGCCACACAUUUACAGUGGAAAAAGCUUUUCAAUUUUCUUUGUCAGUUUCCCUUGAGUGUCUUUUAAAAAAAAAAAAAAAGUGGUGAAAUGAUUUUGCAGGACCUGGUCUUUUUCACAACUUUCCAAUAUUCUUUUUAUUUUUAUUUUUUUAUUUUUUUAAUUAAAUCAAUUGGGUUUAGUUUUGGUUACUUUAUAUCAAACCGAAUGUCAGAAUAUUAUAUCUUCUGUUUUAUAUUAUGAGUUUUCUGCUACUUUGUUUUACACAUAUUUGACUUUUGUCUCCUCCAUUUGUUGCAUUUGUAAACUGUUGAAAAGUGACCUCGAGUGUCUUGAAAGGUGGUUUGAAAUAAAACUUAUUGAACUGUAACUGGCAAGUAUAACUUUAUUAACAUUGUUUUGUUUGUAACAGAGAAGACUUGACGUGCAUCAAUUUGCCUGAAUUAAAAAAAAAAAAAAGUCACAUCCAAACUGUAAAAAAUACACUCAAGGUACAUUUUUGACCAUUUGAUACAGAAAAUAUAAUAAAAUCAGUAAAUAGUAACAAAUUAAAAUUGAUUAGAAACAUUCAUUCAUGAGGACAAUAUGCCAAAAAAUUUUACCGAGAAAAAAAAAACCGAAUUAAAAAAAAAAAAAAAAGUGUCCUUGGACAG